AUGACCACGUUCAAGCGGGAAGACCUCCGUCGUGUCUUUUUUAGUGAUCUCUCUGAUCAGUGCAAUGAAGAUAUCAUACAUGAACUUUGCACGCAGUUUGGGCCUGUUGCCAACAUUGUUUGGCCAACGUCAAGUAAUCUCGGUGGUACGCAGCAGAUGACAUUUUGUUUUGCGGAUUUCUACAACGCAGAGGAUGCCAAAUAUUGCUUUGAGGCUCUACAUCGCAGUCGAACAAAAUUGUUUGGAAAGGAACUGCGCGUUUCCCACGCAAGUACGGAUGUGCACCAGAAGGAAAUCGGUUCGCGUUCGAGUAACCGGCAUGUUGUUCACGAACUGCACGAGAUUGGCGCAAAAGUUGUUGUCCGUGGCGUUGAUCUUAGCGUAACUGAGUACGAACUGACUUCAUUCUUCGCGCAGUUCGGGAAUUUCGCCGUCCCCCCACGGAUGGUACGCGACUUUGACGGAAACUUCCGAGGUGUUGUCAUUCUCUCUUACGAUGAUUUUGCCUCUAGCGACCGUGUCAUUGAAGAAAUGCAUCAAAAGAUAUAUCGGGAUCGUCCUAUAUCUGUUACCUACGCUGAGCUGCCCGACGGAAGCGGAAGAUUGCAUGGUACAGCGGAAGAACGGGCGAAUGCGGCACUGUUCCGCGAAGAGGCGAGAAAACAUGAGGAGCGCAUCGCUCGUGAGCAGCAGGAGCACGAACGGGAACGCACACGCAAACGGCAGCAAAACACAUCGUGGGCUGCAGGUAUCGACCCCUACGCUCGCGUACGUUAG